GAGUCACUUCACUGGAGGUCAUACUUUAGGCGGGAAAAAUAAAUGAUGAAAUAAAGGCUCGAACCUGAGGACGUCUGCUGCUUUAGUAUCUUUUAGCUCUCCUGUUUACAAUUUGAAAUUGGCUUAAAAACAUCUUAAGCUUCUAAGAGUGACAUAGUCAAAAUAAUUCAGGGCCUCUUUGGUAUCCUUUGGGGCAUUGAAUGUUUGAAUGCUUCAAGUUGGUAAGCUCACUUACUUUAAUUCAUUGUUAGCUGUACAAAUCUUAGCUAACCAGGAGAAACAUGGCAUUACAGAAGAUCAGAAAGAGCAAGGAGGAAACAGCUGAGUGGACAGGGUUGUUUCUGAAUGAUUUGAAAACCAACCAGGAGUCCCUUGUGUUCGUGAAGAGGAUGAUGGCUGUGGCAGUUUCCACCAUCACCUACCUCAGAGGCAUUUUUCCAGAGGAUGCCUACAGAUCCAGAUACCUGGAAGACUUGUGCAUCAAGGUUCUGCAUAAAGACCACAACACGCCUAGAGCCAGUGAAGUUGUUAAAUGGAUAAUGGGCUGCUUCGAUGCAUUGGAGAAGCAGUAUCUCCAGGUUGUGUUCAUUGGGGUGUACACCAAUCCAGAUGAACCUGAUCGCAUCGUUGAGUCCUACCAAUUCAAAUUCAAAUACACCAAAAAGGGUCCAGAGAUGAACAUCCUCAGGAACAGUGAUGUGGCGAUGCAAGUAACUGUGGAGGACACCAAGAGAGCCUCAGUGCUGCUCAUCAGGAAGCUUUUCCUGCUUAUGCAGAACCUCGACGCCCUCCCCAACAACGUCUACCUCACCAUGAAGCUCUACUACUAUGAUGACAUCACUCCAGCAGACUACCAGCCGCCCGGCUUUAAGGAGGGUGAGUGUGACAGCAUCUGGUUCGAAGGGGUGCCUGCGCACUUCAAGGUAGGUGAGGUAAAAACGGCCUACCACACCUUGAAAGUGCAAGUGUCAGCGGAACAAGGUCGAGUAGAGAAGCUUCAAGAGGGGAACCACCUGAGGGAGAUCAAGCAGGCUCCUCUGAUAAAUCCUCUGGAGAAGGAAACCAUGAAGAUUCAGGAUCCUUGCAAGAAAAAAUACCAAGAAGAGGAUCUGCCUUCUGAAGAUGAGUCUGCACAGUUCAAGAAACCUACACGACCUCUGGCAAAGAGAAAUAAAGCAGGAAAAAAUCUGUCAAGGAGGAAAAGAAGACGUUAGCGGUAUGGUUAAAGAAAACAAAGAUGCCAUCAGCCAUGUGAUGAACCAUUGAACACAUGAACCACUAGUUCUUUUUAUUAUCAUUAAACACUGCUCAAGGUUAUGUUUGAAUUAAUUUCACAAGAAAAUGUUCCUUGCACAAUGAUUUCUACCUUCAAGACAGGACAUUCCUGUCAAAAUUCUUAUAUAGACAAAAAAGUACAUGUAGUGAAUAAUAUGGAUAUACAGAAUAAUUUUAAUAUUCAAAGUGCUUCAUUUUUUCAUUAUUGUGUUUAUAAAAAUAUCCUGAUGUUUUUUUCAAGAAAUAAAGCUGUAUUUGUAAACAUUCAUUUCUGAAACUAUAAAAUGUUAUUCUGUACAUGGAUGGCAGUCCAACUUACUGAUACCGAACAUGCUGCUCAUGCCUACACUUGAGUAGCUGAAAUGUACCAAGUCUCAGUAAAUGCUUAUAAAAAUCUUAAAUGUAAUUAAAUUGGCUUGAUGAUAGUGCUAAUUAAUAAAGAUUCAAAAAUCUAA